AUGCAGGCAAAAGGUGACCCCGGAGUACCCUGCCCCAGACACCUGCCGGGGGUGAUCAGUGUCACCUGCGGCAAUGAGGAUGACCCAGACCUGUCUUCUAAGGAGGCAGAACAAACCAACACGCAUCCCCCAGGGUGUACCCCUCAGGUCCCUGGUGGAUUACAGAUGAACUCUACGCAGAAACCUGGUGUCACCUUACAGCAAGCAGCUCCUUCUGCAGUUUCCAAUCCUGUGCUCCAGCCUCAGCUCCUUCCCGCUGUGGUGAGGACAGUUACUGUGUCAAGCAAAGGAGAACCCCUGGUUAGGCUGAGUCUUUCUGAGAGACUGGGGAAACGAAAACUGUCCGCCAGUGGUGAGUGCGACCCUCCACUGAGGCGGAGCCUCUCAGAACGGCUAGGAAAGGAAGUUGGAGCUCCAGAAACAGAUCUGGACAAAGCAGCCAAAAAAUCACAGAUUUCCAAGUCUCUGCAGGAGCCAAUAAUGGGCGCCUCGCCCGGGCCACGCAGGCGUGAAGCAGCGAUGAGAGGGGACAAGGCUGGGGACAUCCAUGUGAAGACAUUAGAAGAAAUACUUGCGGGAAGAGUGCAUCAGAAGCACGCAGAGUUGCACACUAAGCUCAAGACGCGGAGUACUUCCGCAGCUGAGGGUCCGACCUCAAGAGCCAGAACCCUCCCCAGCACCCAAAUGAAAACCCUCUCCGAGGGCCUCGCUGAAAACGAGUACCGGCAGCAGGAAAAAGCCAGACAGCAAUGCAGAGGGCAUGCAAAGCACAUGCAGGAGGAGCAGGAGAGGGGCGGCACACGGGAGGGAAAGUCAGCCUUGCCACCCUUGCGGGAAGAUGUAGCCUCUGGCAGUACCCUGCUGGAGAAACCUGUGCUCACUGCUGAGGCAGGCCUCCCGCCAUGUCUUACCGAGCAGCUUCCUACAGGGUCCUGCCAGAAGGAGGAAGGAGAAACCUCAGACCCUGGGCACCAAAAACCGAAGAGAAAACGUGCACCACAGUCUUUGGCCUCAAAGGGCAAAGCUGAUCGCAAAGGAAAUGGGAAGCCGUCAGGGGUGAAAGUUCUUUCAAGUCCCCCACUGGCCCCAAAACGCAAGGCCUCGGAGCUGCAUGCUGAAGGUGAAGUUGUGGCAGCUGGGGAGCUGCUGAGCUCCACCAGUACCCUGCAAGGACCCCCGGCCAAAAAAGCAGCCCUGACUACUGUUGCCCCCUUCUUGGAGCACAGACCAGUCCCAGAGCCUGAGAUGGAAAAACCUAGAGACAGUUUGGAGCUCUCCCCGAGACAGUCCUCUCCACACCUGCCAUCCCUCAGAGGAUUUGGCCCGUACUCGUUCCAAAUGGCCACAGACUCUUGCAAAGCCAGCUCGGCCUCCAUGGGAGAAGUCCGGCUUUGCAAGGAGGACGAUUUUGAGGAACUAUUAUUGGAAAUUUCAGGGGACAAAUUAGAAGAUGCGAUUGACCUAGACCUUGAGAAAGACGAAAGUGAACUUUUGAUUGAACUCUUUGAACUGAUUGAUAACUAA